AAACCAGUGCUUCCAAUGGUAGGCCUAUCAUGGGUCCUAUCAAUGGGGACCCCCUAGACCUCCAUUGAUGUCUUCCCUUCCUACCAUUUCCAUUGCCAUUGUCAGAGCUUCAACACUGGAGCAGAAGAAGCCAUGCCUCCUUCAACUACUCCAAGACUUGUAGUUCCUAUUGAUGUGAAGAAGAAGCCAUGGGAGCACAAGCUUCCUCUCCAUAACAGAUGGCAUCCAGAUAUACCCCCAGUUGUAGAUGUCACUGAAGGGGAGCUCUUCAGAGUGGAGAUGGUGGACUGGACUGGGGGCUCUAUUGCUGACAAUGACUCUGCCAUGGAUAUCAAGUUCUUGGACCUCUCUAUUACACACUAUCUAAGUGGUCCAAUUAAAGUUGUAGACAAGGAAGGCAUUCCAGCCAAGCCUGGUGAUCUUCUUGCUGUUGAAAUCUGCGACUUGGGCCCUCUUCCAGGAGAUGAAUGGGGUUAUACUGCAACAUUUGACCGAGAGAAUGGCGGUGGGUUUUUAACCGAUCAUUUCCCAGCAGCAACAAAAGCUAUUUGGUAUUUUGAGGGAGUAUAUGCAUACUCUCCUCAAAUUCCUGGAGUACGGUUUCCGGGCUUAACUCAUCCUGGUGUAAUUGGAACUGCACCAUCACAUGAACUUCUAAACAUAUGGAAUGAAAGGGAAAGGAAAUUAGUGAAGGAAGGCCAUCAGUCAUUGAAGUUAUGUGAAGUCUUGCACCAACGGCCACUAGCAAGUUUACCAACUGCUAAAAAUUGCCUCCUUGGAAUGAUCAAAGAAGGAAGCUCUGAAUGGGAAAAGAUUGCGAAUGAGGCUGCAAGGACGAUACCGGGAAGAGAAAAUGGCGGAAAUUGUGAUAUCAAAAACCUCAGUAGAGGUUCAAAAGUAUACCUUCCAGUGUUUGUCGACGGCGCGAAUCUAAGUACAGGUGACAUGCACUUCUCUCAGGGUGAUGGUGAAGUUUCAUUCUGUGGAGCAAUAGAAAUGAGUGGAUUCCUUGAACUCAAGUGUGAAAUAAUAAGGGAAGGAAUGAGGGAGUAUCUUACACCGAUGGGACCAACACCACUGCACGUGAACCCAAUCUUUGAACCUGGUCCGGUGGAGCCACGUUUCUCAGAAUGGUUGGUGUUUGAAGGGAUCAGUGUGGAUGAGUCUGGUCAACAGCACUUCCUUGAUGCAACCGUUGCUUAUAAACGGGCUGUUCUCAAUGCUAUUCACUACCUGUCUCGCUUCGGCUACUCCAAGGAACAGGUGUAUUUGCUGCUGUCUUGCUGCCCUUGUGAAGGGAGGAUCUCAGGUAUAGUGGAUGCGCCCAAUGCUGUUGCCACGCUGGCAAUUCCCAUUGCCAUUUUCGAUCAGGAUGUGCGGCCAAGAUGCGGGAGAGUGCCAUCAGGGCCACGUGUCGUGAAGAGAACACCGGAUGUGUUACGUUGUAGUUAUGAUGGGGCUUUGCCGAUCACGAUGAAUCCUGGUGGUGGUGCCGAAUCAUCUUAGCCGUCCAAUCACCUUAGCCAUUGAAAGGUUUAGCCCAUUCAUAAACAUGUUUAUGGGCUUAAUAAUAAUUUAAUAUGCA